CGUGAGCGUUGGCGGUCAAGCAGCAGCAGCUGCCGCGCCGGGCGUUGCGCCUCGCGAGCCAGCAGGCAAACGCGUUCAGCACUACUUACUGAGCGCAUUUCAGUCGCUAGGUUUCUGCUGCUGACGGCGAAGGGGAGGAGCAAUCAACCGGCGACGACGACUGGCAAACGCGCGACAAGUCGACGUCGGCGACAACGGGGCCUGACCGCUCGUACCGACAACGCACGCACAGAAGCACAGGCAAAGCACGCGCGCCGCGGUCUGUGUGUCCGGCGGGCGUUUAGUUCGUUAUUAAUCGGUGGUGUGUGUGAUCCGCGCGCGCGCGACCUACCCCCGCUGGUACAGCGUGGUAGCGAAUAAGAAUAAUGGUGCACUACUCAGGGAAGGGCGAUUUGGGUCAGAGCGUCGUGAUGGGUGCGGUUGCUAGCGGUGGCGGUGGCGGUGGAGGUGUGGGGCGGCGGGCGGCGGGUGGGGCGGCGGUGGCUGCGACGCCGCGGCAGCGGCGGCACGCACGGCGUUUUGUGACGGGCGCUGCCGCCGCCGCCGCCGCGGCGGGCCCCGUCGCCGCCACCCUUUUUCCCUGCUCCAUCCGUCGCUAUUGCCUGGUGCUGAUUGCCGCGCUGUCUGCGACGCUGCUGCUUGCGACGCCAGCAGCCCGAGCCGAUGACGGCGGCGGUGGUGGUGGCUGGCGCUACGGUCGCGCGACCUUUUAUGGAAGCAUGGGAGGCGGUUCCAUCGAUGACGGCAGCUGCAUGUACGGCGGCCUGCCCAACGGCAUGGUUUCCACGGGGAAGGACAUUGUGGCGCUGUCGGACACGGCAGACGACUACGCCGGCAGCUGUGGCCGCUGCUACGAGGUGCAGUGCAACCCCGCCUCCUUCAACGACGGCUACGGCAACCACAUCGACCGCACCUCGCCCUGCUACAACGGCAGCUCCGUGAUCGUCACCGUCACCGACACCUGCCCCUGCUACUACCCCGCCAACCAGUACUCCAACCGCCGCUGGUGCUGCGGCGACAUGUACCACAUGGACCUGAGCUCCGAGGCCUUCGCAAAGCUGGCGGACCUGGGCUGGGGCGUCAUCGGCACUCGCUGGCGCGUGGUCGGCUGCCCGGGCGGCUUCCAGCCCUCGCCACGAGCCGCCAGCUCCGACUUCCCCGCCGGCACCAAGAAGAGGCAGAGGUGAUUGGAUUGGACGGAGUGAAGAAUUGGGUUGAAGGGCGUACUGAGUGGCUAGGAAAGCUGCCGCACAUGUGUGUGCGUGUGUGCGCCGGCGACUGCCAUGCAUACGCGUGGAUGGUGGGCGGCGGACGACGGCAGUGGCAGGAUGGCGACUAAGCAAGGCGGCUGGUGCUCGCUUCAUCAAUAGGUAGGGCGGCAUGCAUCCAUGCAGGCGGCUGCAGGCCGAAUGCAGGUAGGCGGCUGUAGCAAUGGCAGCCGCCGCGCGAGGCCGAUUGAAGUGUAUCUGCGUAUGUGGCAGUAGCAAUGUGCGCGGCGGUAGCAACAGGCGUGUAGUAGCAUGCCGUCAUGGUGCGUGCUUCACGCACUGGACACCAAUCAAUGACGCGGUGCGGCCUGCUUUGCAUGCGCCGCCGCCGUUCUGCAUGCAUGCCGGAUGGCUUCUGGAUGCCUCUCACCUUGCAUGGAUUGUGCAUGGAAUGUGCAUGGACGCAUGGAUGGAUGCAUGGCGAUGGAAAUGGAAAUGGAGACGACACUACCCUGCCGCGAGAAGCAAGGGCCGGGUGUGAUGGAUGCAUGCAUGCAUGCGACACACGCCGCCGGCUGCACGCGCGGGCGGCGGGGGUGCGUGACGGCGCAGCGGAUGGACGCGGCGGUUUGUAAGCCCCCGCCCCGCUGCAGAUAUGCGAUGAGGUUGUGAACGUAUGGACAUAUGCGGUGCGGCGUGAGUGAGCGCGAGAGCGCAUGCCUGCGCGACGGGUGUGAUGGAGGUUUCUGCAUGCGGGUGCGGUUGACUACGCCAUGCAUCACGCAGCUAGUGUUGCAUUCGCCUCCAGCAGCUGACGGGGUGGCUUGUAAGUAGCUGGCUGGCUGGGGUGAUUGUGUUGUGUGAGAUUGUCGUGGCAAACACACGGACACUCCUCACAAAUACACAAUCGAUCACAACACAACUUAAUUGCAGUCACAAUGGAUAUGAGUUUUUUUGAGGCAGUGCGCGCGUGCAUGCGUGACUGGUCGACUUGGCGCGUGUUCAAGGCCACACGUAAAGGGGCGGGUAAUUAAGAUUGUGGUGGGUGUGAGGCCGGGGCAGGCAGUCACGGUGCGUGCGGGCAUGCUUUCUGCUGGGGGGGGGGACCGACGGAGGACCGGAGGUUGUCGAGGAAGUAAGAGGACACGAGUAGUCGUGACACGCGAUGGCAUUGGAGAGAGCGCGGCGGCGGGCGUGCGUGAGUGGUGAGAGCGCGUUUGGAUGUUGGACCCAUCAGGGAUUGCGGCGGCGGCAGGAACGAAGACGUUUUGCAGGCCGUCAUGAAGCAAGCAAGGGUGCAAGGGGAAGGUGUAGAAGGUGGCGUCAUCUAGAAGGCAGUGAGGAAUGCCUUGCUUGCUUGGGGACAUGGCGCGGGAAGCGGCGGGCCGACACUGAGCUGCUGCCGGCGUGUGUGGGCAGCUGGGUGCACGGUUCCCAGCAACGGCAGACUGAGCGUGGCAUCAUCAACCCUGAGCGAGUACUGAUCAGGAGGAGGAGGAGCGAAAACCAAGGAUGGGGCGGGCCCUCGAGUCAUUAGUCGUUCAUUACUUGUGAGAGAGCUGAGCUGCUGCUGCAAUGAGGGCGGACUGUUGUCAGUUGUGUGUCGAUCGAACUGAGUUGCUGAUUGCGUGCGCAGCUAAGGCUACGGUAUGGAUGGGCGUAUCAGGGCUUUGCAUUUAGUAAGGAGGACGGGCAGGUAGGUAGGUUGAUCGGGAGCAUGAAUCGUUGUUAUCAUAGCGUGCAUGUGUGUGUGUGUGUGUGGGGGGGGGUGUCUUGUCGUUUCCGCGGGACUGUUCUGUGCUGCUGUGCGCGCCACACACCGAGCCCGGGAGGCUUUAUCGCCGGCGCCGCUUGCCCUGCUUCUCGGAGGGCAGGCCGGCAGCGGGGGGGGGGGGGGCGCCGGCAGCUGUGGAGGCGGCGGAGGACGGACGCGGAACUUUGUAAUCAAGGUCAGGG